CGACCGCGUCCUCCGGGUUACCAUGGCAACGGGGGGGGAACGGCCGGGAAUGGGACCGGGAAUGAGCCGGGAACUGAGAGGGGCUGGUGUAAAUAAACCACGGCAUGAAACCCUCAGCUCUGAAAUACACUGCAGUGUUUUCUCCACACUCUCGCACCGUGAAUAAAAUCCACGUGCCUCCAAAAGUCCUCGUGCCACCCGUUUUCCACCCUCCCAAAUGGCAAAGGGUGACUGUGAGGGAAGGGGGAUCUGCCUCCAGCCCCCAGGACUCCCAGGACUCGGACUCAGAGAGCCUUCCUGAGGAGGGGCAGGACCAGCUGGGGCUCCAGCAGAGGAUCCUGGAGAAUGAGGAGCUGCUGGGACUGGGCUCUGAGGAGCUGGACAGUGACAGCCUGGAAGAGGACAGCCUGGAGGAGGUGAGCUCAGAAGAAGAGACCAGUCCAAAGGGAACACAGAAGAAUGGAAGGAAAAGCCAGUCUGUGGACAAAUAUUCCAGCCUAAAGUACAAUCCUAACUGGAAGAACACAAGAAAGGCAGGAAAAGCACCUCAAGUUGGAGGAAGCAGCGUGGACUUUUCACAAGGGUCAUUUUACCUCCAUUCCAGUGGCUCCUCAGAAGAAAAGAGUCAAGAGGAGGCAAACCCACAAAAUUCAUUCUCAGAAUUCGGGUCAGAAUUUUUAAGCUUUCCUGAACCAAAUGUCCUGGUCAGCAACGAACCCCUUGGGCUCCAAACCAAAAAGAAGGAAUCUGGAGAUGGUUUUCAGUCCAAAGAUCGACCACAGAGAGCCAAGAAAAACUUUGUGAAAAAAAAUAAGCAGACUUUAGGAUUGCCCUCAGAGAGGAUAAAUUCCUAUCUGGAGUUACACAAGAAGAAACAACAAGGUCUUCAAGAGCAGGUUACAGAUCCUAAAACAGUUGAUGAGGAAGAACCACCACCCCAGACUGUGAAAAAGAAGCCCGAAGACAACCUGAAAGGACAGCAGCUCAAGGAUCAGCACAAGUUCUCCCAGAGAGACAAAACAAAACCCACCGGGAAUCUCGAUGGCAAAGAUUUUCCAAGGAAUGGCAGCCAACAACCCCCUGGAAGAGCAGCAGAACCAAAGCCUUGGCACCACAAUCCCCAGCAAAGAGCAGGAUUUCAGGCUGCUCCCAGUGCAGAGGAGCAGGACAAGGGCACUGCCCUGCAGGAAUGUCUGCAUCCCAAUCCUGCUGCUGAGCCAGCAGCAAAAUCCAACACUGACUUCAAUAAUUCCCCAAAUUCGAGACAUUUUGUUAACCAAGGCUUUCCCACACCUACCUGGCCUGUUCAUCCCACAUCCCAGCACUGGAACCCAGCAGACACCAGCAAGGAGAACAAGAAAUAUCAGCAGGAAUCUCCACAUUCACCCCACCACAUCCCUGGGCAGCGUUUUGCGAGUACCAGUGGCCAAGCAAGUCCCAGACAGAGGAACAUUUCAAACGUUUCAUCUGCUUUUAAUGCCAGUUUUCAAGAACUGAAGGAUCAAAUCCCACUUCAGGACUGCAAGAAACACAUUCAUGAGGAUAAAAGCUCACCCCCAGCUCCUUUUGCCACCUCCGGCUUUGCCCAGCUGCUGGAGCAGCAUCUGCCAGGACUCCCUGGCUUGGCAGGAGCUCCCUUUGCUGACAGGUGGCUGCUCAGCCUCCUCCCCCCUGCAAUCCCACGGCUCCCGAGUGGUUCCCGGGGAGAUCCCGAGGCAGGGGCAGGAAACACACUGGCAAGAACCAGGAGCAACUCGGAGGGACACCUCACACAAAUGAAAAAGCAAACCCAGCCAAGAGGCAGCAAGAAGUUUCACAGUGGAACCAGUUAACACGGAUGCAGUGGAACAGCAUAAAGGGAUCCCUGUGUGUCCAUGACAAAUGAAACGUUUAAGAAGUUUGCUCCGAGUCUCGGGGCAGACAAACUUAAGCUGGAAUAAUUAUUGCUGUGUUUCAUCUGUACCUUGCUGCUUGGAUGCCUCUAAGAAGAAUUAGCAGGAUUAUGAUAGUAACUGAAGGGCAGAUUUCCUUCCCUUUCUGUUCCCCUGAGCUCAAACCGUUGCUUAUAUCCUGUAUUUUCAGUGGUUUUCUCACGCUUCCUAUGUGAGGAAUGCCCAGAGAAUAAGAGUGUUUGUGUCUCACAGGAAAAUCCAGCUUUUCCUAAUAAACAAAUGCAAUUCUACUCAUCAUCUGAAGUGAGAAAACCCUGAUUUUACUGUAGACAGCUAAAGGAUUAACCCCUCACGGCAGCUAAAAUUAAAAGUUAGUAAUUUAUAUCAUAGGGGGAGCUGACACAGAGAAACCUCAGACAGAAAAUUCAGUGCAUUGAAUUAGUUUCUCUGCAGUUGAGUUUUCAAUAAAUGCAUAUUUUACUUGCAUAUAGAAAUGUCUUGGUGCUUCUGCUUUACUCCGUGAUUAAAAUUACUACGGAGCUGAUCAUAAGGAAGAGUUUUUAAAACAUAG